AUGAAGAUUAUGAAUCUCUUUAGCAUUACAUGCACAUGUUUUUUCCUUGGAAGUGUUGUUUCUAAUGGAAAUCCUCUCCCGUAUGAGGCUAUCUUUAACUUUGGUGAUUCUAUAAGUGACACUGGAAAUGCAGCAACAAUGGGUAAAUUACCUGAUGAUAGUCCUUAUGGAUCAACAUACUUUAAACAUCCCUCCGGGCGCUUGUCGAAUGGCCGAUUGAUCAUAGAUUUUAUAGCUGAGGCAUAUGCGCUGCCAUUUUUGCCGGCCUAUCUAAAUCUCACCAAAGACAGAGACAUCAAGAAAGGUGUAAAUUUUGCUUUUGCGGGUGCAACUGCGCUUGAUAUCCAAUAUUUCAAAAAACAUGGUGUCCCCGGAGUAUUUGUAGAUAAAUCUUUGAGCGUUCAAUUUGGCUGGUUUAAGAAAUUGAAAUCAUCCCUCUGUAAAAGUAAAAAAGAGUGCCAUAGCUACUUUAAAAAAUCAUUAUUUCUAGUGGGAGAGAUUGGCGGGAAUGAUCUGAUUGCGCUCCUCUCAUAUAAAAAUAUCUCAAAACUUCGAGAAAUAGUGCCUCCAAUUGUUGAAACGAUUACAAACAUCACAAUUGAAUUAAUAGAAGAGGGAGCAGUCGAGAUAGCUUUGCCAGGGAACUUCCCCAUAGGGUGUAAUGCUCUUGUUUUGACAGUGGUUAAUAGUACUAACAAAGAAGAUUAUGAUCAGUUUGGGUGCUCUAUAGCUUACAAUGCUUUCAUCAAGUACUUUAAUGGACAGCUCAAACAAGCGAUAAAGACAUUAAGAAAGAAGUAUCCUCAGGCGAAGAUAAUGUAUUUUGACUACUACAAUGAUGCCAAACGUUUAUUUCAUGCACCUAAAAAAUUUGGUCUUACUACUGAUAGGAAUGUGGCUUUGAAAGCAUGUUGUGGAGGAGGAGGACCAUAUAAUGUUAAUUUUCAUGUAAGUUGUGGAUCUCCUAACACAACAAUUUGCUCUGACGUUUCAAAACGUAUAAAUUGGGAUGGAGCCCACUUUACAGAAGCAGCUUAUAAACAGUUAGCAAAGGGGAUUAUUGAAGGACCUUUUGUACACCCGCAUCUUAAAUCUCCUAUCGUUAAGAUAUCUUAA